CGACUGCGAGAUUGAUUCUUCGAUCCCAUCCAGCGAGUCGCCCAGCUCACGCCAACAGCAGUCGCCAUGUCGGAAGCUAAGGACAAGUCCGCGAACCCCAUGCGCGAGCUGCGCAUCCAGAAGCUCGUCCUCAACAUCAGUGUCGGCGAGUCUGGUGACAGACUUACUCGUGCUGCCAAGGUGCUUGAACAGCUGAGCGGUCAGACCCCCGUUUACAGCAAGGCUCGCUACACUGUCCGUACCUUCGGUAUCCGUCGUAACGAAAAGAUCGCCGUUCACGUCACCGUCCGUGGACCCAAGGCAGAGGAGAUCCUCGAGCGUGGUCUCAAGGUCAAGGAAUACGAGCUGCGGAAGAGGAACUUCUCCGAGACUGGCAACUUCGGUUUCGGUAUCAGCGAACACAUCGACUUGGGUAUCAAGUACGACCCUGGUAUCGGUAUCUACGGCAUGGACUUCUACGUCUGCAUGACUCGUCCUGGUGAGCGCGUUGCCAAGCGCCGCCGCUGCAAGGCCAGAAUCGGUGCCAACCACCGUAUCAACCAGGCUGAGACCAUCAAGUGGUUCAAGAACCGUUUCGACGGAAUUGUUCGGUAAAUAGUUUCGCUCAAAUGGUUUAUUUAGGGGUGGGGGAUAUGGUGUUCGUUUUUCAUGAUGAACUUGAAUAAAAAAAGGGACAGGCGAUUUUGCGUGUUUCAUCGUUCUGCUCCUGCAAUGUUUCUACCACGACAUAAGGGAUAGGCGUGCUAGAGAUGCCCAAUUACAAAUUUUGAAACGCAUCCACUUUUCACAAUGAAGGCUUCACGAGAGGUGAUGUUUCCGCAUAACCAUUGAUGAAAAGUACUACAUGAUGCUUGGAUGCACCGCGAUAUGGUGCAUCCGUGGAGCUGCUUGGCCUUGUGACUCCCUGAUUCUCGGGAUUUGACUUGUCCUUCUCUCUUGGAAGGGCUCUUGUUCUUUCUAAAGAGUCGUUUGCUCUACACCAUGUCCUCUACCUGGUCUCGCACCCGUUCAGGGGACUUGCGUAGCAAUGUAGGCGUCUCGGUUUUCGUCUUGAGCUGUUCUCAAGAUGGAAAUACGUUGCGACUGCGUAGUCGAAACAGCAUUUCCUGUCAUCUGUAGCUGAUCGACA